UCGUUAAUCGGCCUUCUGUUCUCCCCUUUUAUUCUGGUUUUUGUACUCCAUUAAUGAAAUCGAUUAAGCUCCUUUGCUUCUUAACAUUUUUCUGUUUGGAGGAAUUGAAUUCCUAGUCCGAUUGGGUUUCUCCUCCAAAUUGCCCAACCCUGCUGCAGUUUAUGGCGAUUGAGGUUUCUUCUUGCAUUAUCUUCCAUCUUUCUAUCCUAUCUGCCACUACUUUUUCUCCUUUCAAUUUCAUACUUUGAUUUGUCAUAAAUCAAUACACUUAUUCUUCUUCCAUCAACAUCAUCUCUUGGUGCUUCCACGCAAUCGUUGUUGGCAUUCCCAUUCUGACAUCCUCAUGCGGAACAGAUCACCUAGAAAUUACCAACUGUGAGAGGGGUUCUUGGAUCAAUGCUAUAGCAAACCAGGUGGGUGUUUCUGUCCUCGGGUAUAUUGAUUGUAUUAUCAUUGCCAUUUUAUGUGCCAUUUGAACUUUUGUGAUGUUUCUCGGUUGUGUACUUAACCGCACUGGGGACAAUAUAUGCAAAAUUGCUUAUGCAUGUAAAAUGUUCUGAUAAGAAUUGAAUGUGUACUUGAUAACACUCGCCUUGGGACGAUCAAAUCCAACGGGUCGUGAUGGACUAAGACGUUGGGAUAGACUAUGGAUAACUACGAGUACUUGCUUUUGUUUUGGCCAUUGGGGUGGAUAAGGUGAAUAAGUUAAUGCUCGAACAAAUAAAUAGAUCUGUUGCUUAGAGUCCAGUCCAAAAGUCUACCAACAGGGCUAUAAAAGCUUUUGGAGACUCUGGAUUUUGAGUCAACCGUUCCUCAUAAAGUUGUCUUUCAUGUCCUUGGCUACAACCAUCCUAUAAUGUCAUGUAUCUGUUUUAUUCAGAAUCUGAUCUUAUUUUAUUAAUUUGUUUGGAUUCAAAUGACAUUGGACUAGUUCUCACAAGACGAUAGAACUAGAACCCCAGUGGGCUUUAGCUGACCCCUCUCCCAUUGCCCCUCUUCUCUUUCAUUUCACUUUACAGAUUCUGCAGAGGAGGAGUUUGGAUGUAUUGGGUUAGGAUUAGUUGUUUAAGCACUAGCCUGAAACGUCGUUGUGUUGUCCAUACAAAUAUUAAGAGCUAGUGGCCCUUCUUCUUUUACAGAUUGUCUAAAUUUUUGCUUUUAUGUGUAGUUAGAGUUGCUAGGGAUUUGUAAACCUUAAACAGGGUAAUGUGUGUAUUUAGAUUUAAUUGCCAAGAAUAGUUAGAUACAGUGUAGUUAAUCUUAACUAAAGCUUCUGAAAUUGGGGUUUGAAUCCAUGGUUUGGAUGUAAUAAAAGAACUUCAAAGGAGAAAAAAUAAUCAUUGUGUUUCUAGCAUUUAGGUUUUGAGAUUUGGUUUUAAAAUACUCAGCACUAUUUAUCUGAGUCCUACCAAGAGCUAGGCAAACAAAAUUACAAUUCAAAGUUGCAAUCACCUCAGCAUUGAGGUUUUUACACAACAAAAUGUCCAUCCAAUUCUAUAUGGGGUAUUGGGUUCUGCAGAAUCUAUUCCAUCCUCCUAUACUUUAAAUAUAAUUUGAGUGCGAUAAAUAGAUCCUAUACUUCAAAUUUUAAUUUGAGUCUUUGAAAUAGAAUCGGAAGAGUAAUUGGCACCAGUAAUAUAGUUCCACCCUCCCCAUUCCUUGCAUUUGUUUGUUCUGUUGGUUUAUUAAUUUCCAGUACCAAACUUAUUGACCGACACGAACUACUGUCAUCGUGGUUGUUUACCCACGCUGCUAUUGAUCCAUUAUACGACACGUUUUGGGUUGAUCUCAAAGACUUGUUCCAAGGUGGCCAAAAACAUCUCAACGUUCUGUUUCAUAGUACAAGUGAAGUCGGAAGCCCGAGAUUUUGUCUAGGGUUUGCAAGGGCCGGCAAAGAAGCUUGUGUCCAUAGGGUGGCAGAAGCCACCACAAGUAUGGGUUAAAGUAAAUAGUACCAAUAUGGGUUGUUUUGUUGCGGAUCAGGUAUAAUCAUCAGCGCAAGUCUAGUUAUGAAUGAAAGGAGCCAUUGGCUUUAUGGUUUUUUUAUCCAUCACCAGAGCAGAAAGCUAGGUAGAGGAAUUGCUCUUGGGUUUGAGGAUGGCGAGUGCGUGAAGGUAGACAGUUAGAAUGUAAUCGGGAUGGUUAAGGGGUUCGAGUAUGCAUGAGAAUCUAUUGAUAGAAAUCAGGCCAGAAUGAGUGAUCCGCAUAAAACAUGCCCAUUGAGAAGGUAACUUCAUGAGUUAUUUUCUUGUUUUGCAAGACAGAUCAUGGCCGUGGAGCAUUUUGUGUUCUGAUCAUGAUAUCGUCGGAUUUCCAUGGCGUAGGAUUGUAGUCAGCCUAAUCAUUAAAGGCUUUUGCUAAGUUUUAGUUUGUUCUUCGAAGUCUGUUUUUAUUACUAUAAUAGUUAGGAUGUAUUGGUAAAUUUAUGAGUCGGCUUGGUGUUUUGGUCAAUUUGAUCACAUGUUGGCUGAAAUUAGUGUUAGUUAAGAAUUAGGAGACCGUGCUAGUUUUAUUUAUUUAUUUAUUUUUUUAUAAUUAGCCGACUUCUUUUGUAAUUCCAACCAGGAAUUUUUUUUUGUAUGGCCGAAUCUAUUGCCUGUAUAGAUAGGGCGAAUGGCCAAGAACAUAUAUUUUGAUAUAUCUUUCUCAUCAUUGUAAUCUUAUUGAAUAACUUUAUGCCAUUUAGCAUCAUGUUUUGCUGCGGAAGUUCUUCAGCCACUAAAAUCAGAGGGGACGAUGUACCCUCCAAAAUUGAGGAGGGUCUCUACUUGGGUUCUGCAAAAGCCGCAAAAAACAAGACUGCUUUACAAAGCUUGGAUGUCACUCAUAUUUUGACAGUAGCCGAUUCGUUGCCCCCUCUUUAUCCAAACGAUUUCGUCUACAAAAUAGUCGACAUACAAGAUACGAUAAACACAAAUAUCUCGCAACAUUUUGACGAAUGCGUCGAGUUCAUUGACGAAGCGAAGAAGAAUGGUGGCAGCGUUUUGGUUCAUUGCGCUGUGGGAAAGUCCCGGAGUGCAACUACUGUGAUUGCGUAUCUGAUGAAGAAGCGUGGUAUGAGCCUAUCUAAAGCAUUGAACCGUGUCCAAAAGAAAAGGCCGGUGGCUUCUCCGAAUAUCGGUUUCAUGGCACAGCUUAGGGACUUGGACAAAGCCCUUAAAGGGUCUCGAUCGGCCUAAAAAAGAAGGUUGAAAUCCUUUAAGCGGAGUUGAUCGGUUAUAAACUAAACCAACUGAAUUCUUCGUAGCGAGCAAGAUAGGUGUCAUGACAUAGUUGUCAGAGAGGACGCUUGGCUUGUCAAGGAUUUUAUGUUCUCUUUUUUUCCUUUGGUUAAAUAUCUAUUUAUUUAUUCAUUUAUUUUUACUUGGUAUGCAAUACUUAUAUCAAUUUGAUUUUUUAAAAAUAAAUUGCAGCUGUUUUUAGUUUCUUG